CUGAUUCGAGGACUUGUUUUGUCUCGAGCGGCGCCCCUGGAGACCUGUAGCGGGGUAGGCCAUGCCUUCCGAGGGUCGCUGCUGGGAGACCCUGCAGGCGCUGCGCAGGUCUGAGAAAGGUCGCAUUUGCUACCACCGCGAUUGGCUGUUGCGGGGCGAGGAUGUUUUAGAAGAAUGUAUGUCUCUUCCCAAGCUGUCUUCUUACUCUGGAUGGGUAGUAGAUCAUGUCCUACCCAAUAUGCAAGAGAACCCACCUCCCUCUGAGACUUCAACAUCCCCUAGAUCUACUUCAGCCCUCGGCCAACCUUCAUUUGUUCCCAAAUCUCCUGUCAGAGACCCUGCCUUCUCACCAGUCUCCUCAGCAACACCAGAUGGAACCAAGGACAAAUACGAGUCCCAGCAUACAGAACCUAUGGUACUUCAGUCCUCCCAGGGGAUCAAAGUGGAAGGCUGCAUCCGAAUGUAUGAGCUGCUGCACAGAAUGAAAGGAGCAGAGGGCUUGAGGCAGUGGCAGGAGGAGCAGGAGAGGCAGGCGCGGGCCCUCUCUGAGAUGGCAUCUGAGCAGCUGAAGCGCUUUGAUGAGCGGAAGGAACUGAAGCAUCAUAAAGAAUUCCAGGACUUACGGGAAGUGAUGGAGAAGAGCUCCAGAGAAGCCCUGGGGCAGCAAGAGAAGCUGAAAGCUGAGCAUCAUCACAGGGCGAAGAUUCUCAACCUGAAGCUGCGGGAGGCAGAGCAGCAGCGCCUGAAGCAUGUGGAGCGGGAGCGGCUCCGGAAGGAAGAAGGCCAGAUCCGCCUGCGGAACCUCUACGCGCUGCAGGAGGAGGUGCUGCACCUCAGCCAGCAGCUGGACGCCGCCGACCAGCGCAGAGACCUGCCCAGGGUUGACCUGUCUGCCUUCCGGACCCGAGGCAAUCAGCUGUGCGGCCUCAUCUCGGGGAUCAUCCGGGCCACUUCUGAGAACGGCUUUCCCACAGCAGAGGAGCAAGCUGUGGCUGAGAGAGCGCUGCAGGAAAUGCGGGACCUCCUUGUGAACUUGCAGCAGGAAAUCGCCAGGGCCUGUGAGGACAGGAGGAGGCAGGAUGAAGAGGAGGCCCAGGUACAGCGGCAAGAGUCACAGGUGCAGCAGGGGCCAGAGGUCCGUAAAGAGCCCCCAGCUUCCAGGCAGGGCCCAGGAGGGAAGCUGAAUGAAGACCUCCAGGUGAAGGUGCAAGAUAGUACAAUGCAGUGGUACCAGCAGCUGCAGGAGGCCUCCAGUCAGUGUGUGUUGGCCUUUGAGGGACUGAGCAACAGCAAAGACAGUCAGGCCAAAAAGAUCAAGAUGGACCUCCAGAAGGCUGCCACCAUUCCAGUGAGCCAGAUCUCCACCAUUGCAGGCUCAAAGCUGAAGGAGAUCUUUGACAAGAUCCACAGCUUACUCUCUGGAAAACCCGUUCAGUCUGGUGGGCGCUCUGUGUCCGUCACACUUAACCCACAGGGCCUGGACUUUGUCCAGUACAAACUGGCAGAGAAAUUUGUGAAACAAGGGGAGGAGGAAGUGGCCUCCCAUCAUGAAGCAGCAUUCCCCAUCGCAGUCGUGGCGUCCGGAAUCUGGGAGCUCCACCCCAGAGUGGGGGACCUCAUCCUUGCUCAUCUGCACAAGAAGUGUCCUUACUCUGUUCCUUUCUAUCCAGCUUUCAAAGAGGGAAUGGCUUUGGAAGAUUAUCAGAGGAUGCUUGGCUACAAAGUGACGGAUUGCAGAGUAGAACAGCAAGACAGCUUUCUAAAACGCAUGUCCGGGAUGAUCCGUCUCUACGCUGCCAUCAUCCAGCUCCGGUGGCCGUACGGAAACCGACAAGAGAUUCACCCUCAUGGCUUAAAUCAUGGCUGGCGCUGGUUGGCACAGAUCUUAAACAUGGAGCCCCUGUCAGAUGUGACAGCCACCCUCCUCUUUGAUUUCUUGGAGGUGUGUGGGAAUGCCCUCAUGAAGCAGUACCAGGUCCAGUUCUGGAAGAUGAUACUUCUCAUCAAAGAGGACUACUUCCCCAGGAUUGAAGCCAUCACCAGCUCAGGACAGAUGGGUUCCUUCAUACGCCUCAAGCAGUUCUUGGAGAAAUGUUUGCAGCGCAAGGAGAUUCCUGUCCCCAAGGGCUUUCUGACUUCCUCCUUCUGGCGUUCCUGAUGUUACUCCAUCGCCCACCAUCACCAUUUUGUUGCAAAGGGACAAUAAUAAAGCAACUGAAGACAGCUGUAUUUGGGAGAAGUCAUGUCAAUAUGUGUUUUGUGUACUUGUACCUUGUCACUAGGAGAGCAGAUUUUCAUGGGUCACGGAUCUAAGAGGUCCUUUAGUAGGUGUGAUGACUCCUUAAAGGGGUCCGCAUGGCAGAGGAAGCAGAAUUGGCCUUUCUCAUUUUUGCAAAAAAUUUGAAAAAAAAAUUAUGAGAAGAGUUUAGCACUUGAUCUCACCCUUGAUUUCCUUUGUCUCUAGUAUCUUUCAGAAGGUAGGUUAAUACCUUGACCAUUUCACUCUGAGCUGAAGUGGCUUUCACUCCACCACCACACCCCAGCCCCUCCCCCCAUGCUGACCCCGUUCAGAAUAAUUCCCAGGAGGAGCAAAGACUCAAGGUCACCUUUAAAGUAGCGGUUAAUAGAUGAGGCCCAAACCCUCACAUGCAGGACUGGGUUACGUUUGUUUUGCCUUAGUCAGCUGGUGAAGUAAUUAUAAAUUCAGAAGAAAUGCCUGAUGUAGACAUGGGCUAAGUCAGUCCCAGAGCGUCGGAGGCAGCUGAGUGUCUGGGAUUAGGACUGUUAACACGUGUUGUAUUGAACCAGGAAACACUGUUUGUCUUCUUGCUUUGGAAUUUGGUUCCUGGAUGAGUCGGCAUGCGUGAACCAAACUUUGUUUUUCAAUUUGAGUUAAGAUGGGCUGAGGUGGAGCUUGCAACAUUGUACAUGCGCUGAGCAUCCGUAAGCAAUGAGUCAGGGGUUUAAUAAAGAUUUGGGGAAGAAUUGAGAACUGCCUUAUAAUUUUUUUACAUGUUCUGAGUAAUGAAUGAUGAUAGAUUUGCCUGACUAAAGCCACUACAAAAAUCCAGAGUCUGGCUGUUCAGAUAAGAGUUGAGAUUUGCUUUAUGGAAAGACUCAUUCUCUUGGAUCUAUUCCUCUGUGGUAAAUGUUGUAUGUGGGGUUGUGUUUCUUGUGGAGGAUUCUCUGGUAAUCUUGAGUCGCUCGCUCGAAGCGACCCAUUCUGUGAAUUAUUGACCGUAGUGCCAAAAGAUAAGUAAUAAAGCUUGAUUUUUAAAAACCC